CUUUCAAAUUUUCAAUACUUUGUUCAUCUAGAUUAAUCAGAGUAUAAUUUCUGGUCAGAAACUGCGAAUUUCAACGGAUUCUGAUUUAAUUUUUUUUUUUUUUAUUUCUAGGUUCUCGUAAGCACUUCCAAUACACUCUCUUCGUCAUCCACAACAGCGUCGACAACAAAUGACAGGAAGAGGAAGAGAACUGAAUGCUCUGUAUCGGAGCAGAAUAAAUCCAAAAAAAUGAGCAAGUUUCAAGAGUUAUGGCUUGAAGACAGGAGAUUCAAAUUGUGGCUUGAAAGGUCGAAAAAAAAUGGUAAUUAUGCAUACUGCAAGGUGUGUCAGUGUGAAAUUGUAGGUUAUAAGAGUCUGUUAUUAAAUCAUGAACAGACCAACAAACACAAAUUAAAUUUUAAAAAAGUUUCGGAAAAUUUUAAAAUCAAUCAGAUCUUCCAAAAUUCAACACCUCAUGAUAAUGCUGUGAAGGAGGCGGAAUUAAUAUUAUCUGGUAUGUUAGCCACAAACAAUCUUUCUUUCUUAUUCAUGGACACUUUAGUUCCUGUUAUAAAAAGAAUCUUUCCUGAUUCUAAAAUAGCACAAAAUCUAAAAUUAAAAAGGAGUAAGGCCACUGCUUUAGUUUCAGAAAGUUUGGGAAAAAUAUUUUUGGACAAAUUGAAUAAUCAGUUGAAAACUCCCGGAACAUAUUUUUCCCUAAUUUUGGAUGAAACCACGGACAUAUCUGUUAAAAAGCAGUGUGCGUUCACUGUCAUAUUUUAUGAUACAGAAAAUAAGUGCACAAAAACUCAAUUCUUUGAUUUAGUUGAAACCAAAGGUUCCACGGCAUAUGAUUUGUUUAAUGUCUUGAAAAGUAGCCUGCUAUCGCGAAAUAUCCCCCUUGAAAAUUUGGUUGGCUUUUCAUCAGACACCGCAAAUGUGAUGGUUGGAGAGCACCAAUCUGUAUUUGCGCUGUUGCGAAAAGAAUUGCCAAAUAUUGUUUGCGUGAAGUGUUCAUGUCAUAUGGCCCAUCUAGCAGCCUCAAAGGCAUGUUUGGUAUUACCUAAACAUGUUGAAGAUCUGCUUAGAAACAUAGGUAGCCAUUUCAGCAGGAGCUCUUCCCGUAGACAAAAGUUUGAAGAGUUCCAAUAAUUUUUCAAGGUGGAUAUACACAAAAUUCUUUCUCCAUCAAAUACCCGGUGGCUCUCGGUAAAGGCUUGUGUUGAUCGAGUACUCGAACAAUACGAGCCUUUAUCAGCCUAUUUCAGAGAAAAUUCUUUUGAUGAUCUAUCAUACAUAACUGACAGUAUUCUGGACACUUUGUCAAAUAGUUUCACCAAAUUAUAUUUAGAAUUCAUGUCUCAUGUUCUUGGCCUGAUGACUGAGUUUAACCUGGUAUUUCAGUCAGAAAAACCGCUGUUAUACAAAGUCAAGCCUGAGACUGAAAAACUAGUCAAGACAUUAAGCUCUUAUUAUAUGAAAAUGCCUAUAAUAAGGCAAUAUGGAAAAGACAUUUUGAAAUUGAAUCAUGUGAAUCCUGAUUUUUUUGUGCCAUUAUACAAAAUAUAUUUAGGUGUUGCUGUUAGCCAAACAUUAGCAGAAAUUAAAAGUAAGUCCAUUGAUAAGAAAGACUGGGAAUCUGUGGUGAACAAUAUAUUAUCAUUUUAUUUAAAGUUAAUUGGCGACAUCAAAGGAAGGUUCAAUUUUAGUGAUCCAAUUUUCAAUUUAAUUGAUAUAAUGGAACCAAAAGUGGCACAGUCCUUCGAAACACAAUCACUUUAUCCUAUCUUGGAAAGAUUUCCUGUACUUAAGAAGUACGUAAAUCUACAAGAUUUGGAUAAUGAGUGGAGGGCUCAUGCUCUUUUGGAUUUUGAUUCUUUCGGCCUUCAGGCAUAUCAUGAUAUUGAAAAAUAUUGGUCCAAAAUUUUCAGUCUAAAAAAUGAAGCAGGAGUUGAUUUAUUUCCAAAUUUAAAAAAUACUUUCUCGUUACUCUUUGUUCUACCGUUUUCAAAUGCCAGUGUUGAAAGAGUCUUCAGUGACCUUUUCAAUAUCAAAACGGAUAAGAGAAAUCUGUUAUCCACGGAUACAAUUAGAGGUCUUUUGGCAAAAGCG